UAAGUGACUAUCUCUCUCACACACACAAACAUCUCUUCCUUCAUCGAGCUGUCCUGCAUAUUACACACCCUGCCAUCUUCACCAUGCCUGCGAAGCUCAACUACCCCAGUGGCAUGUUUGCCGGCCAGACUGCCAUCAUCACAGGCUCCGGGCAGGGCAUUGGAGCUGAAGCAGCGAGACUGUUUGCGAACGAGGGUGCCAACGUCGUUGUAUCCGAUAUCGAUGGCAAGAAGGGCCAAGCGGUAGCCGAUGAGAUCAACAAGAGCGGCGGCAAGGCCAUCAACGUCCCAGGCGAUAUCCUGAACGACCAAUACAUCAAGGAUCUGGUGAAGAAGGCUGCAGAGUUUGGGGGUGGUAAAAUUCACAUCAUCGUAAACAACGCGGGCUUCACAUGGGACGGAGUCAUCCAUAAGACGACCGACAAGCAAUGGGAUACCAUCGUGGCCUUGCACGGAACAGCUCCCUUCAAGCUCAUCCGAACCGCCGCUCCCUACUUCCGUGUCAAGGACGGCGAACCACGUAGCAUCGUCAACAUCUCCUCCACCUCGGGAAUCCAUGGCAAUGCCGGCCAGGCCAACUACGCAUUCGCCAAAGCCGGCGUAACAGGCCUCACCAAAGCCAUCGCCAAAGAAUGGGGCCCAUCAUUCGGCGUCCGAUGCAACACAAUCGCAUUCGGCCACAUUCAAACUCGACUCACGGCGGCCAAAGAAGAAGGAGCAUUUGUCACAACAGCAGAUGGCGAGAAGAUCGCUUUGGGAAUCCCACAAAAGCAAAAAGACAGUGCUAGUGCGGCUGCAUAUGCGGAUAUUCCCCUUCGCAGACCAGGUUCUGCUACCGAGGCCGCAGCGGCCGUCAUGGCGGUGUGCAGUCCGUUGUUCAGUUAUGUAUCUGGUCAGACGAUCAGUGUGACUGGUGGACGCAACUGUUAGAGACAGGGGAUUGUAUUUUAUUCGAAAAGAAGUUAAUUUUGUCAUCAGUGCCACAAUGGAUAUGUAAAAAUCAGCGGCGGGCUGCCUCUCAUCAUGACAUUACUCUGUGACGCAGGCAGAUCUGCACAGUUUGUCUCAGAGCUUACCAC